UACCUCUUAGCACUUCUAUAUAGGUCUUUCUUCUAUAUAAAGCAGAGUCAAGAUUAUGCAUCACAAGCAAGCCUAGCGCCUUUCUAAAUUGCAGUCCUUGGACAUCUGAUUCCCACUGAAAUGGCUUCUAAAACUGUUGCAACUGGUGCUAUUCUCCUUAUCAACCUCCUCUUCUUCACCAUGGUGAGCUCGACUCACGUUCCCUGCCCUCCACCGCAUCCAAAGAUACCCAAACACCCAUCACUGCCAUCCCCGGCUGCUGCCACUUGCCCGAGGGACACCCUCAAGCUUGGGGUGUGCGCCAACUUGCUGAACGACUUGUUGCAUCUUGUCGUGGGCACCCCACCAAAGACUCCUUGCUGCAGUCUCAUUGAAGGGCUCGCAGACCUGGAGGCUGCAGUCUGCCUCUGCACUGCCAUCAAGGCCAACAUCCUGGGGAACAACCUCAACAUCCCCAUUUCUCUGAGCCUGCUCCUGAACUACUGUGGGCAGGGUGUCCCAAAAGGCUUCCAAUGUGCUUAGAGCACACUGUUCUCACUUCACCACUUCGAAUUUGCUUCUUUUCUUCAGUUGUCUGUUCAUUGUUUCGUUCAUUCUUGUCCAUCUUGAUUGGAAUAUAUUCUGGCCUUCUUUAGCAGCCGGUUGAUUUGUUGAUCAAAAUGUAAUGUGAUCUCAUCAGUCAAUUCAACGUCAAUAAGAGUACAUUGUUGGUCGUGU